GUGGUUUGUAGACCCAUUAGUCAUCUGCCAUCACGAAGAGCUGUGACAGGCUGUUUGUCAAAUACAGUACGGUCCAUGUACUCACACUUGACCGGAUUCGGUUCGUGUACAAAAGAGUCAACUGGCAUUAAAGUUGAGUCUAGACAAUGAUCCUUAUUUUAUGAUAGCUACAAAGAUAUCUUGACACAUCACCGUUCAAUGUCUCGUCUGGAGUAUUGACGUCAUUAUAUAUAUCUUCGGAGCGGUGUUGGUUCUCUUGGUAUCUUCGUUCUUUGUCAGAACAAUAAAACGAAUACUCCCUUUCUUCCCAUUCUUCCAUGCCUAGAAGAGUACAUAUGGCCAAGUUGAAUACUUUGAUAGAAGUUCAUCAGUGACGAGUCACCUGAUUUCCCCAGAUCACGACUGUUGGAGGUGAACCCGUGAUUCCGCUUAUCGCCAAUCAACGUCCCGCCCCUGAACCAAUAAUAGAUCCUCGGAUUGUUCCCUCAUAUUGUUGUUUCUCCGCAAUCAGUCCCCCUCGACACAUCUCUGAGGGGCUCUGGCCACGCAAUGCUCCUUUAAAAUGGCUUCAAUUCUCUCCUGGUUCCGACGGCUAUAUUCUCUGGAUACAUUGGAUACUCGUUUCAUUGUCUCGUCAAAUACUCCGCUGAAGGCCGUCGCUGCUGACACGCGAUCUGCUCCGGCCAAAGAUGCCCGCGCAAAUGCAAUUGCCAGCAAUGCUGCUCCUUCUAAGUGGCGCACGCCUGAGUUCUGGGUAUACUAUGUCAUCUUUCUCAUCGCGGUACCGUUGAUGUUCAAAACGGUUAUCGAAGUGUCACAGGAGAGUCAUCCGACCUAUCCAACAUACUCUCAUUUACUGUCCCCUGGCUGGAUAGUUGGGCGCAAAGUGGACAAUUCGGAUGCGCAGUAUUCCAGCUUCCGUGAUAACAUUCCCUACCUGCUCGCGCUUUUGGUUGCCCACCCACUGCUCCGUCGUGUCUACGAACGUCUUGUACAACAGGCCGAUGCAGGCUCUACUCAAACAAAGGCCAAUGCGACUACGGCUCAAGGAGACGCUCGCUUGGCCCGUCGGGUCCGAUUUGACUUUUACUUCGCCCUGGUUUUUAUCGUUGCUCUCCAUGGUGUAUCUGCCAUAAAGGUGCUCGGUAUAUUAUAUGUGAACUACAAGAUUGCGAAAUCGCUUCCGCGACAAUAUGUGGCUACUAUUACUUGGACAUUCAACAUUGCGAUACUGUUUGCGAACGAACUCUGCACAGGCUACCCUUUUGAGCGCAUAGCCACCAUGCUGGUGUCUUCGGCAGAUAGCACCGGACAAGACUCUCCUCUAGUCCUAUGGGGUCGAUAUCUCGACAGCUUUGGAGGUAUAAUGCCCCGGUGGGAGGUGCUUUUUAAGGUCACGAUAUUGCGACAGAUCAGCUUCAAUAUGGAUUACUAUUGGAGCCUCGAUUAUCCAGCCUCGAGUCCCAUUGAAAAGAAACAAACUGAUCCCACGGCACUAUCGGAGCGCGACCGCGUGAACAUCCCAGCAGAGCCGUCCGCGUUCAACGGCCGCAAUUAUCUCGCCUAUGUGCUGUAUUCGCCGUUAUAUCUAGCCGGGCCCAUUUUAACAUUCAACGAUUAUAUUUCACAGCAGCGAUUCCCGCCUCUCUCUCUUACCAGAUCCCGCGUUACUCGCUACGCCGUCCGAUUCCUUUUGACCGUACUGGCCAUGGAAUUCAUCCUCCAUUUCAUCUACGCAGUGGCCAUCUCCCAAGCACACCCGGACUGGUCAUUGUAUAGCCCUGGUCAGCUCAGCAUGCUCGGCUUCUUCAACCUGCACAUCAUCUGGCUGAAGCUCCUAAUCCCAUGGCGGUUCUUCCGGCUCUGGGCCCUAGUGGACGGCGUCGACCCACCAGAGAACAUGGUCCGCUGCGUCUCAAACAACUACUCCGCAUUCGCCUUCUGGCGCGCCUGGCACCGCUCAUUCAACCGCUGGAUCGUGCGCUACGUCUACGUGCCCCUAGGUGGAGGAAGAGGCCGAGCACGCGGAGACGAUAACAAAUCAUCAUCUGUAAUCUUCGCCAAAGCCCGCCAGAUCUUCAACUUCCUCAUCGUCUUCACCUUUGUUGCUCUCUGGCACGACCUCAACCUCCGUCUCCUCAUGUGGGGGUGGCUCAUUACGCUCUUCGUUCUCCCCGAGAUCAUCGCUACGCUGCUCUUCCCCGCGCACAAAUGGCGCUCCCGUCCGAACACAUACCGCGUCCUUUGCGGUGUUGGUGCAGUAGGGAACAUUCUCAUGAUGAUGAUUGCCAAUUUGGUCGGGUUUGCUUUGGGCUUGGACGGAAUCCAGGGCUUGCUAAGUGAGAUGCUGGGGUCUUAUUCUGGUCUGGUUUACCUGGCUACGGCCUGUGCGGCGCUGUUUGUGGGGGUCCAGGUUAUGUUUGAGAUCCGGCAGGAGGAGUUACGAGCUGGUAUCAACUUGAAGUGUUAAUUCACAGAUAUACAUAUGCAUAUACAUUUAGUAUGAUAGAAAUCGAACUAUACAUCUUCCAUUCAGGUAGUGAUAGUGGCGCCGUAUUACCACACUGUUUGAAGGAUAUUGGGAAAAGUAUAUAGUGUAUUAAGACAUCCAAGCCAGAAAUGUGACCUAGACUUGGUCUACUCUUUCGGAGAGCUGUAUAGGCUUGAGAUGUGUGGUAUCUGUUUACCUAAUUCUGACUUCUGAGUGAUCAAAUUGACCACCAGUAGCCACGAUUAGGG